UUCCCCAGCCAUUACAGCAGUUCCGUGGAAGCCGAUAAAGACGUGUAUCUGUCCCUGCUGAGGAUGUACCUGUCCCCUCCGGACGCGCACUGCCUGGGGCCCAUCAAGAUGGAGCUGUCGGAACCACAGGCCAACCUCCAGGCCGCUCUGCAGGUCCUGGAGCUGCACCACAGCAAGUUGAACACCACCAAGGCCAUCAACUUGCUGCCAGCCAACACUCAGAUCCGCGAGAUUCGAGGCUUCUUGGAGAGUGUGCUUGAGGAGAAGGCUCAGAGGAAACGCUGCAACCAGGUGCUCAAGAUUCUCCUGCAGGCGGAGUUCCUCAGGGUGCAGGAAGAGCGCAUCUUCCACCAGCAAAUCAAAUGUGUCAUCACGGAGGAGAAGACGUGCAGAGUGUGCAAGAAGAAGAUAGGAACCAGUGCGUUUGCCAGAUAUCCCAACGGCGUGGUGGUGCACUACUUCUGCUGCAAAGACCGCAACGCAUGUCCCACCGAGUAACAUCCCAACACGUCCUCCUGUUUCACGAAAAACGAAGAAAUGAAAUAAAAAUUCAAUCCCCCAUCGCCACCCACCUGUGGAAACGCUCCUGGAAUUUCACGAGAAAUGUUCUCAAACCCUCAGAUGUUUUUUGGGGAGAACAUGGUGGCCUUUCCCUGCUGCCCCUCUCUUUUUUGUGGACAUUUGUAGCCGUACAACAAAAGGAAGAGUGAAAAUUGUGACUUAAACAGGACGCCACGGACAUGAUCGAGGACACUUGACUGUUAACAUCUUUUUCGGACUCAAGAUUGUACGCAAGGCGGUUUAUUGUCUGCUAGCAUGAAGAAUCGUGUUUUAAUUUUUUGGACCUGCUAAGAUAUUCAGCUUCAAUCACAACUGUACAUUUUUUACCCCUGUAAAGUGUUUGAAGGAAACCCAACGGCGGGAUCACUCUAGUGCAAUACUUUGAAGGGUGGACAAAGUUUAUUUAUUGCUUGGAGAGAGGUACUUGGAAUUUGAGUUACAAAUGUUUAAUUUUUGCAUUUCAGUGUGAUUGUUUAUUUAAAACAAACAAACAAAAACACACUGAUACUAAAACAAAACAAGCACUGAAUGUUUCAUUGAAUUGUCUGAACUGCCAUCGCCGCAUCCGACACGCCUACGGUAAAUGUUUGCACACGCACGUCCUGCUCCACUUUUGUAACUUCUUUUCAAAUGUGUUUGUCUGCCUUUAAUUCCUAAUAAAACAUUUUGCAGCAGGAUGCAGGAUGUUUGACUGUUAUCCUCCAGACUCAAUAAAGUAACAGAGCAAACCGA